AUGGCUGCUUCCCCCGUUCCCCUGUUCCGCCGCCGCCUCAUUUCUCCUUCGAUUAUCAGUCCACGUAAGUCCGCAUCAUGGGAUACCGUGGGCCAACCAACACAGGAGAUAGGCCCUUUCCAGUCAUUUCGACAAAACUCCCCCCAAAGAACGCCAUCGUCCUCCGCCCUAAGGUCCUCGACGUACCGGACGUCGGCAGAUGUGCUCUCCAUUUUGCUCGAUACCUACGCACCUAGUGAGGCCUCAGGUAUUGUAGUCUUGCUGCACACACCCGCCAAACCUGUUGGACUUCUGGUUUCCUUGGACCGCUACGGUAGAUUCUCCAGGAUAAGAAACCUACACUCGUCCCUCCUUCUUCCUUCCCUCUCCACUGUCCGUCUCACUCCCUCGAUCCACGCCUGUUCUCCCCGCUUUGCCUCUUGUCAAGAGUCUGUGCUGGAACAUGAGGAUGAGGGAGGAGAGAGUUCGUUGUCGCUCGCCAUCAAAGUAGGGACAUUUUAUACCCUGUGCCCAUUUGACCCGACAACUAUGGGUCUAAUGUACGCCAAUCAUGCUUCAUCCUCUAGAAACAAGGCUGACUGA